CCCUGCAUCCACUAUAUCUGGUCUCCCCGGGACCCUGCAUCCACUUAUCUGGUCUCCCCCGGACCCUGCAUCCACUAUAAUCUGGUCUCCCCGAACCCUGCAUCCACUAUAUCUGGUCUCCCCGGACCCUGCAUCCACUAUAUCUGGUCUUUCCGGACCCUGCAUCCACUAUAUCUGGUCUCCCACAACCGCAACCUUCACAUUUCUGUGGUUUCAGCGCUGGCUGUUGGAACUCCAAAAACAUCAGUCUUAACAUAGUUACAUAGUUAGUGUGGCUGAAAAAAGACAAGUCCAUCCAAUUCAACCAUUAAAAAAAAAAAGUUAUAAUCCUAUACUCACAGUUAAUCCAGAGGAAGACAAAAAAACCCAGCAAAGCAUGAUCCAAUUUGCUCCUGCAG